AUGUCCCAAGGUCUGACUGUCGCCGCGACGGCGGCGCCCUCUCUUGAAAGUGUAAGCAGUAAAAGUCCUCACGAAGGGUCUCCAAACAGAAGCUUUACGAGCAUUUCAGGGGCGAUUAACCUCGGCUAUGUUGGAGAGAAGCAAAUUCUCCGCUGCUGGGGUAGUACAUCUCUUGCAGUAUCAAACGCUUGCUCCUUGAAUGCCCCUUUGCAUCACGUUAGGGGCGAUUAA